UUAUUCACCCUAAGUCUGCACUCAAAGCAACUAAGAUACGCCAGUAGUAUAAAUUAUGUCUAAAGCGCCCGCUAUUGGAAUAGAUCUUGGAACUACAUACUCAUGUGUAGGUGUUUUCCAACAUGGUAAAGUAGAAAUUAUUGCCAAUGAUCAAGGUAAUCGUACUACACCCAGUUAUGUUGCCUUUACUGAUACUGAAAGACUUAUUGGUGAUGCCGCCAAAAACCAAACAGCAAUCAAUCCUUCUAACACAGUAUUUGACGCAAAACGACUUAUUGGAAGAAAGUUCAAUGAUGCCUCAGUAACUUCAGAUAGAAAGCAUUGGCCAUUUAAUGUUAUUGACGAGGGAGGUCGACCAAAAAUUCAAGUAGAGUUCAAAGGUGAAACCAAAUCUUUUUUUCCUGAGGAGAUUUCAUCAAUGGUUUUGUUAAAGAUGAAAGAAGUUGCUGAUGCUUACCUUGGCAAAAAAGUAACAGAUGUUGUCAUCACUGUACCUGCAUACUUCAAUGAUUCUCAACGUCAAGCUACUAAAGAUGCUGGUGUUAUUGCUGGCUUGAAUGUUCUUCGAAUUAUCAAUGAGCCCACUGCUGCUGCCAUUGCAUACGGUCUAGAUAAAAAAGUUGGAGCUGAAAAAAAUGUUCUUAUAUUUGAUUUAGGAGGUGGUACUUUUGAUGUGUCCAUUCUUGCUAUUGAAGAUGGUAUAUUUGAAGUAAAAUCUACCGCAGGUGACACUCAUCUUGGUGGGGAAGAUUUUGACAACCGUCUAGUCAACCACUUUGUCGAUGAGUUUAAAAGAAAACACAAAAAAGACAUUUCAGGUAACAAGCGUGCACUCAGACGUUUAAGAACAGCUUGCGAACGUGCCAAGCGAACACUGUCUGCAAGCACUCAAGCAAGUGUUGAAAUUGAUUCUCUAUUUGACGGAAUAGACUUUUAUACAUCGAUUACAAGAGCUCGUUUUGAAGAAUUGUGUAUCGACAUGUUUAGAGGCACUCUUGGUCCAGUUGCUGAUGCAAUCAGAGAUGCUGGAAAAAAUAGCAACGGACAAAGUUUUUCAAAAUCUGACAUCCAUGAAGUUGUUUUAGUUGGUGGAUCUACUCGUAUUCCCAAAGUUCAAAGUUUGCUCCAAGAUUUCUUUAACGGAAAAGAGCUGAACAAGUCUAUUAAUCCUGAUGAGGCUGUUGCAUAUGGUGCAGCUGUCCAGGCUGCUAUUUUAAGUGGAGAUAAGCAUGAAGCAGUUCAAGAUUUACUUCUUUUAGAUGUUGCUCCAUUGUCAUUAGGUAUCGAAACUGCUGGUGGUGUUUUUACUGCUCUAAUAAAGCGAAACACAACAGUACCUACAAAGUACUCUCAGACAUUUACUACAUAUUCAGACAAUCAACCUGGUGUUUUGAUUCAGGUUUUUGAAGGAGAGAGACAAAUGACUCAGCACAAUAACUUGCUUGGUAAAUUUGAACUUUCUGGAAUUCCUCCAGCUCCAAGAGGUGUUCCUCAAAUUGAGGUCACCUUUGAUGUCGAUGCCAACGGUAUUUUGAAUGUGUCAGCAUUAGACAAAAGCACUGGAAAGGAGAACAAAAUCACUAUUACAAACGAUAAGGGUCGUCUCUCUAAAGAGGAUAUCGAGAGAAUGGUCCAAGAAGCAGAGAAGUAUAAAGCUGAAGAUGAAGCUCAGCGAGACAAGGUGCAAGCUAAGAAUGCUUUGGAAAGCUAUUGUUAUAACAUGAAGCAAACUGUCGAGGAUGACAAAGUCAAGGAUAAGAUCAGUGAAGAAGACAAAAAAACUAUUUUGCAAAAGUGCAAUGAAACAGUCGAAUGGGUGGAUCGCAAUCAUUCUGCUGAAAAAGAGGAGUUUGAACACAAGCAAAAAGAACUUGAGAAGGUAUGCGCACCAAUCAUUACCAAGUUAUAUCAAGCAGGUGGUGCUCCAGGAGGCGGUAUGCCCGGUGGUUUUCCUGGAGGUAUGCCUGGUGGUUUUCCAGGUGGUGGUGCAGCACCACACACUGGUGGUAGUUCAGGUGGACCAACAAUUGAAGAAGUUGAUUAAUUUUAUUUUUCUUUGGAUAUUGUCGCUUGUUUGUACCGGUACUGUGUUAUCUUAUUAAAGCUUUUUGUAAAUUGUUGUUUAAGAUAUCUUUUGUUACAUUCUUUUAA